AUGAUGUCUUUUAAAAUUUUGUUAGUUCUCAGCGGUGUUUUAGCCAUAAUUUCGGCAAAGUCAGUCGAAAAAUUGACCAAUAAUGAGUUUGACUUAAGACUUUGUGACUAUAAGAGUAGUCCAAGAUUAGUUUAUCAAGAAACAUGGACUGCAGCAACCCAUGCCUAUGGUGUAUCUGAAAUAGACUUUUAUUGGCCCAUAAACACAAUUAAUACCAAGAACAUAACUUGCAUUGAGGCUUUUAAUCAAUUCAACAUGGGGGAUGGAGGUUAUCCUGCCAUUAUUUCUGGAGGCCUUUAUGAAAAAGAGGUUAAAAUUAAAAUCACUUCACAGCCUGGAAAAGGAUUGAGAUACGUAAUGCAGAUUUCCACCGAAGAAUAA